AUGGCUAACAGACAAAAGCACAAAUAUGAUGCACAUGCAUUCAUCCAGGAAGUUCUCCGGAUUUUUUGUCAUCUUUCUCUUUUAACAAAAACUUCCGCAACCAUAUAUACACUCGAUCACCACGCAGUUUUUGCCACAUGCAGUUACAUAUUAUAUCAAUUUCUCAUUACCCAAGAAAACCCACACGUCUCUAUGUUCUGCAGAGUACAGACCCCAAGUUCAAGUCUGGUUUGUGGGUUUCUCUCAACAUCUGUUUCGUACCCAUUUUUGUUUGUUGUUUAUACCAAGCAGGAAGUCGUGAGUGAAUUUGCCUAG